AUGCUGUCUCUAGGCGUAUUCCCAAAUGGUCAUUCCAUCAAGCGGAAGAGCCUAAUUAGAAGAUGGAUAGCUGAAGGAUUGGUCCAAGAACAUCAUGAUCAUGAACAAUUCAGUGCAGAAAAAGUUGGUGAACAGCGAUUCAGUGAGUUGAUCGACCACAACAUCAUGGAGCCUGUGCUAACUGGCAUUAAUAAUCACAAGGUCAAGAGGUGUCGUCUUCGGGGUCCAGUGCACGAGUUCAUCGUCAAAGAAUCUGUUUCUAAGAACAUUGUCAGUCUGCUCCGCGGCGAUGAGCCCCUCCGUAAAGGAAGAUGUCCUCAUCCUGCCCGUGUACUGUCGAUUCAUCAGACUACUGAAACAUCAAGAGGAAGAGUUGCAACAGAAAUUGGUUUCAACAAUAUCAGGUCAUUGUCCAUCUUCAACAACGGCAUGGCUUUUGAAUUCCAUCAAUGCAUAUAUCUGCGGGUGGUGGACCUAGAAUGUUGCAGGGGGGUUGAUGACAGGAUUGUAGCUGGUAUAUGCAAGCUGGAGCUUCUCAGGUACCUGAGCUUGAGAGGCAGCGAUGUUGAAGUGAUCCCCAAGGAGAUCGAAAAGCUGGAGUGCCUAGAGACCCUGGACACCCGAGAGACAAUGGUGAAUAAACUGCCCAUGGAAGCCCUUAUGCUCCCCCAGCUAGUUCACCUGUUUGGCCAGUUUGUGCUACCUAAAGAACUCCGAGACUGGAGGAUACGGAGUAAGCUCGAGAGAUUCUUCCGAGAGGAAAGUAAACUGCAGACUCUGUCAGGUUUUGAAAUGACCCCGUACAAUGAGGACUAUGAUCACAUUGUGCUUCGCAUGGCGUCAUUGAGGAAGGUUAAGAUACGGUGGCACGCCAUUGAUUCAAGAAGUCCUCUUGCGACCUCCAUCCAGGAGCGUUUGGUGGGAAACAAUGCCCUCGAGUCUCUGUCCAUCGAUGUCGGUGACAGGGGCGGGUAUAGGUACUUCGCGUUCUCGGGCUACUUUGACAAUACAGAAAGCUCGUCAGAUCCCUGCAUGCUCAGCUCCAUCAAACUGCGAGGGAGGGUAGAAGGGCUGCCUCGUUUCAUGACAUCACCAUCCAGUCACCUGUCCGAGGUGCAGCUGUUCUGCACUAAUCUGAGGCUCGAGGAGUUAUCUCGUCUGCAAUGGUUACCUCGGCUGCUUUAUCUGAAGCUGGCUGAGGAUGACGACGGAUUUCGUGGCCACACCUUCGUUGUAGAAAAGGACGGAUUCGCAAGCCUUGAGAGGCUCUGCUUUGAGGCCCCGAAGCGUCCACGUCUGCGCAUUGUUGAAGGAGCCAUGGCAGCUCUCACGUCUCUUCACCUGCUUUGUCCGGUGUCUGAACAACCGCGUCACAUGCAGGAAAUUGAUGAGAAAGAGACGACAUCAGAAAUCGAACACAGCAGUCAGGAGUGGGGAAUCGAGUAUCUCAAAAACCUCAACGACCUGGUGCUGCAUUACUCUGUUGGUGAUACGGAAUUGGAUUUCUGGAAAGGGAAAGCAAGGAGGCACAUGAACAGGCUAAAGGAACCCCAGGCAUUUUCCUGUACGACGUCGUUUCGGGGGACACCGACGUGCAAACGUCGCCCCUCCGUCACGGCGUUCGGUGGUGUCGUCCACGGCUUCGCCCGCGGCGCCACCGUCGAGGGCACCGACUCCACCAGCGCCUCCAGCGCUGGUCCUUGCCUUGCCGGCUCCACCCCGGCCUCGGUGCCCGCUCCACGGCGACGGCCCGUGCCCACCACCGCCACCAUCCAUGGUGGCCAGCCAAUAGCUGUCACUGGGCAUAGAGACGCAGUUGCCGAUUCGGUACCCGACGCCGACGCCGUCUUCUGA